AUGAUCAACUGGAGUGAUGAAAUGCGUGCCCAAGAUUAUGGUUACUUUUGUAAGAUAGCAUGUCAAGAUGCCACUGAGAAGCCCAUAUGGAUAGUGAGCGACAUCAGACGAAAAACAGAUAUACAAUGGUUCAAAGAAACAUAUGAAAAUAUCAUUAGAACCAUCCGCAUAACGGCUGAUGAGAAUACUAGGAAGGAAAGAGGUUUCAUAUUUAAGCCUGGUGUAGAUGAUGUGACUUCUGAGUGUGAUUUAGACGAUUAUACAGAAUGGAAUCUUGUGAUCGACAAUGGUAAAGGGAAACAAAAGUUAGAGGAACAAUUAGGUUCAAUAUUAACUUUAUUGUCUAAUUUAUAG